GAGGGAGAGAUUAGAGAGAAGAGGAGGGUCCUGCGUGCGUACGGAGGGGGCGGUCCGUCCAUGCACUGACACACAUGUGGUUCAGACGGGGUGAUGGAGCGUCCUCGACUGAACCUGAUGGAGCAAAGACACAAAUAGGGGCCGAGCGCGUUGAAGGCGCUACAGACACGGAACGACUGAACGGAGCUAACAGUACGUUUGACUUCAACCGGAGAAAAGCGAAACCGAACACCGUUUGAUUUCUUCUGGGAAAGAGCCGGUCACUGAAAGUCACUGAUUCGAACUGAAGAUUUUCUGAACAGAAUUACGCGACGAUUUAUAACGGUGGAGCCACAGCUGCAUCAGUAACAUCUGAUAUUGACCUGAACACCACAUUCAAACACAACACAGACCAAACACAACUCCUAACAUUACACCUGAGAAAAAUACAACGACCUCAAGAUGUAUGAAGAGUCAUCUCAGGAGAUGAGGGUGUUGAAUGCGACUGCUCCCAGUAGCACAGUGUCUUUCACCGAUGAAGCUGUGUCCAUCCUGACUUCAAGCAGUUUGCUUGCGCGCUCGCUUCUGGGCCGAACAUCGGCGCUUAAACGCAAAGACGCCAGUUCACCCAACAGCUCUGUGAGGCGUAAGCGGGAGUUUAUUCCUCACGAGAAGAAGGAUGACGGCUACUGGGACAAGCGCAAGAAAAACAACGAAGCCGCAAAGCGAUCUCGUGAAAAACGGCGUGUAAAUGACAUGGUGCUGGAAAACCGCGUGCUGGCGCUGCUCGAGGAGAACGCUAGGUUACGAGCCGAACUUCUUGCACUGAAAUUUCGCUUCGGGCUCAUUAAAGAUCCCUCAAACGCUUCCAUACUUCCGCUUACAACAGGAACCUGCGUCCCACAACCUUCGGCGCCACAUUACUACCUUCCACGUGGGGAUGGCCCUCACCAAGCUGGUCCAAUGUUGAUAAAUCAGUCCCAGAGUGGACCGCAAUCUGGGCGAAGCAUCAGAGAUGCCAGCAGUAUGUCAGAAGACUCAGGUUUCUCCACACCUGAAGGGUCCAGUGUUGGAAGUCCCGUCUUCUUUGAAGACAGACUAAGCGAGCAUGAAAAGUUGUCUCUGCAUCAAACAGAUGAGCUGGGUUACGAGUCCCAUCACUCCCCAACUGAUGUUUUAGCAAUGGGACACGUCCCCAUGCCAUCCAACCGGAUGGAGCCGGUGGACGGUAUGAAGAGUCUUCCGCACAAGCUGAGGUUCAAGUCUCCAGGCAGCGCCGAAUGUGACAAUCUUGGAGAUCGACAAAGUCCUGUGCUGCCCACGGUUGGCCCAAGAGUUCACAGCCUUUCAGGGACAACCGAAGGAGUGGGUUACUGGACACCGCAAGACGGAGAAGACGCCCGAAAAGUCAUGCCACCACAGCAGCAGCAGCAGUACAGGAAUUACAGCCAUAAUGUGAAGCCAAACGAAUCUCAAUACCAAGCCGAGAACAGCAUGCUUAAGACUCAGCUCAGCUCUCUCAGCGAGGAAGUGGCCCAGCUCAAAAAGCUCUUCUCUGAGCAGUUGCUCACCAAAACAAAUUAAGACUUUGUAAAGAGCGCACUGGAACACUGCACACAUUCACAGUCGAACUCAUGAACAUCCAUAGAUUAUGAAUGGAAAGAACGCAGCAUGUGCAUCACUACCUCUUCACACUUAGUCAUAACCAAACAGAAAUUGCAUAUCCACCUUAUUUUGCAAUGUGGAAGUACGCUAUUGUCCGUGAACGUGCAAGAUUUCCAGUUCAUUAGAAAAAAAUAAGAAUAAAGUUCAUUAAACAGUAAAACUAUAAGUUUACAAUAUUAACUAAAUAUAAGAAUUACCUAUUACCUUGCAAUAUCAUGCAGCAUAAUGGACUGUUUUCAUUCAGCUAAAAUAACUGGAAGCAAAUGACACAGGAAGCCUUGCAUGUUCAAGUUACAAAUAGCUGUGCCCCACUCUUAUGUAACAAAUAAGGUAGAUAAUGACUUCUUUUUUUACCCCCUUCCUUUAACUUACAUUCAGGAACAUGCAAGAGCAUUCCAGCGGCAUCGGGACACGUCAGCUACAACGCCUCACCUCAAUUCGUUCAGUUGCUCCUUUUGCCUCAAACACUGUGAUCUUGCUCAAAAAAACGCCUCAGGCUCCUGUAAAACAGUGUUUGCACACACAGACCUGUCUGUCACUGUAAGUGUAAAACGAAGCAUAACAUCCUCCGUUGUGAAGUCAUUCCUCUAUUACGUGCCAACACUACUUAAACACUUGUCAAUAAGUGAGAGGAGAUGCGCGAUGAGCCUGAAAGUCUUCACACUGUAAUAUUCCUCCUGCGGUUUGACAAAUUUAUGAAUAAAGUAUAAGAAAUUGCUUUUUGUAACAUAUAUCCUGAUUAAAGCCGAACAGGAAGCACCAGGAAGGGGAAAUAAUAUAAUUAAUUUUGAUUAUUGUCAUGAACCAGUAGCAACUCAGCACUGAUAGACUGCGUAAUAUUAUUAUUUUUUUCAUACAGAUCACUGCCAUUGUCCAGACAAGGAUGUCUAAAUUGAAUUAAAUUGAAUAUUUGAGUUAAAAUUUGAAUACACUGUUACUUGCAUUUUGAUGGUGAAAUGUUCUUUUGUCUUGUGAGUUCUUGUGUAUUUGUACAGUAAAUAUACAUGAUGUUUUUGUGAAUAAAUAUUUGAACUGUU